CGAGAUUAUGAAAGAAUUAUUCCAUUAAGUUUAAUAAAUCAAAUAAAAAACUGGGUUGGGUUAAAUUAUUUACAUCAGCAAUUUUUCUUUAUGUGGGCCAGUCUAUGACCACCGUUUGCAUGCGUCUACAGUGUGAUUAAGGAGGAACUGGCAUCAUAUGUUAUUCAGAAUUAAAUUCAUAUUUGCUUUACUGUUUUUGAGCUUCAAACAAUUUGGAUUUGUAAAAUAAUAAAUGCAGAUGAAUUUUGCUUUAUUUUGGUCAAGAAAAAUCAAAAUGACAUCGAAAAAAGGCAUUACUUUCCUGUUGGUGAAAUACAUUUUCUGGGCAGCCAAACAGGGAGACUAGGAUAAUUAAUAGGAAAAAGGAAAAGAAGAGUGAGAAAGAGAGAGAGGGGAAACCAAAGUGGAGUUGGUGGGGGAUUGGAGGAGGGAAGAGAGUGAGAAAGUUGAUCCGGCAAAGACGACGUAGCAUUUGUGUGGCGAGUAAUUCCAUAGAGUAGAGGUGGGUGGCAGCAUUAGCGUUGAAAUUGGAGAUCCGACUUGUCACGAACAAAUAGAAUCGUGGGGUGGGUGUGCCAAGGGCAGAAGAAGAAUCACCUUCUGCUCCUGUCUUCUCCUCUGCCUCUGGGCGCAGAGAAACAGGGACCGGCUUGAUCCGUACUGUCCGAGCAGAGACAAAGAGAGACUUGUCUCUCUUCAUUUGUCUCUGCCAAACUCUGAAACAAGACGUGGGUUUGAGCCUCCCCUUCUCGUUUCUUUCACGGUGACAGCUUUGGCUCCUGUUCUCUCUCCCCACCCAUUUCCCCUUUUUUUUUUCGUUUGUUUUCUCUAAGGUAAGAUUUGUAGAUCAUCUUCUUUUGAUUCAGGUUCUCUUCAUUCUUCUGCCUUUUUUGGUUUUUAUUACCAUAAUUGAAUGCCAUUCCAUAGAUGCCUGCUGCGGGUUUCUGAUGAUUUUUGUCAUGAAAGACGAGGGCUUCCGGGCUUCCUCCAUAGCUUUCUAUACAAAAAGAAAACUCCUUUUUUUUGUUAUGAAUGAUUCUCCUCUAACAUUUUCGUGAUUCCAUGGAUCUUCCUCGCCGUCGUGUUCUUCUUCUUCCCAUUUUAUUUUUCUUCAAUAUUACAGAUUUCUUUGGGUGAAAUGUGUUAGUUUUGGAGCUUGUAGGGCAAAAGAUCUGGCCAAUAUGCAGGGAAAAUUCUAUACAGCACCGCUGCCUCCGCAGCUAUCCGACUCUAACCGGCGAAUCAUUGAUACCAAUACCCCAACAAUGAGGGUUUAUCAAAUCUGGAAAGGCAGCAAUAGAUUCUUCUGUGGUGGAAGACUUAUAUUUGGUCCAGAUGCAAGGUCUCUGUUGCUUACGGUGUCCAUGAUUGUGGUUCCAGUAAUACUAUUCUGUGCUUUUGUUUCUCAAAGGCUCAUUGAUGAAUUCAACCACCAUUUUGGCAAUCUUAUUGUUGGUAUUUCUGUUGCGCUCACAGUAUAUAUUAUGAUCCUUCUCUUCCUUACUUCUGCAAGAGAUCCUGGCAUUAUUCCCCGUAAUCCACAUCCUCCUGAACCAGAAGACGACACUGCCUCUGGUAUCUCCACAGACUGGGUAGGAAGCCAGAGUGGUGCUCCUAAUAUACCUCCCACAAAAGAUGUCAUGGUCAAUGGGAUGGUAGUCAAGGUCAAAUACUGCCAAACAUGCAUGCUAUAUCGCCCGCCAAGAUGCUCUCAUUGCUCUAUAUGUAAUAACUGUGUUGAUCGUUUUGACCACCAUUGCCCAUGGGUAGGGCAAUGUAUUGGAAAGAGGAAUUAUAGAUUCUUCUUCAUGUUUGUGUCCUCCACAACCAUGCUCUGCCUAUAUGUUUUUGCUUUCUGCUGGGUAAACAUUGAGAGAAUAAUGGAAGCAUACCAUUGUAGUCUUGGGAGGGCUUUUCUGAAGUCCCCUGUUUCAGGAAUUCUCAUACUAUACACAUUCAUAGCAGCUUGGUUUGUUGGAGGUCUCACUGCUUUUCAUCUCUACUUAAUUUUCACCAAUCAGACCACAUAUGAGAAUUUCCGGUAUCGAUAUGAUGGGAAAAUGAAUCCUCAUAACCUUGGAUUCUGGCGCAAUAUUAGGGAGAUCUUCUUCUCUAAAAUUCCUAGUUCUAAGAACAACUUCCGUGCUCAGGUGAAGGGAGACUCUUCUUCUGUUUUCAACACUUCAAUGUCCUUGGGCCAUGCUAUGAGCCCUGAGAUGCCCAAAAGGAGCUUUGACAUAGAAAUGGGGAAACGACAAGCUGUUGCUGCUGAGGAGUUUGAAGAUAUACAUAGCCAAAUUGAUAGUAUUGGCGGAUCAGAGAGGUGCGGACCCCAGCCGAGACACACAAACCGGGACCAUAAAGGGAACUGGGAGAUAACACCUGAUAUACAUAUGUUGGCUGCUGAAUUUGGAAUGCAACAUGGUUCAACAGUCAGAGAGAAGAUUCAUGGAGUCCGUUGAAGUUGGAUUGUAGAGCCUCAAUUAUAGUGCAGUAUUGGGCGUCUUUUUAUCUUAGAGCCAACAGAAACAUUUGCUAACCUGGCUGAUUGGGAUCAGUUGCUGCCAUUGCCUGGAUGCAUUAAAAAGAUGUUUUUAGAUUCUAGUUUCCUGCAAGAAGGGAGAGGCAUGCGCAGGUUUGGUUAAGAUAUGGCAGGAUACAGGUUGUACAUUGAACUGUUUUCAUGGAUAUUGGGGGGAAUGUUGUGAUAUAGUGUGUAUUUUGGGGAUUUUGGUUGAUAUUGAUUUUUCUCGAUUUGUUGGAUACUUUAGCAGUCUCAGAAAAACCAGAGGCCCUUUUGAAAAGUUCUUAUUAAACAUUUGAUGGUAGAGGAGCUUGUUUAUGAGUAAUGGGUUUUACCAAA